UUGGCAUCUGUAAUGGAGACAAAAAAAACAAGUUCUCGACGACUGACGGUCCUGACUGGAGUAAACAUAAUUAUUGAUUGACAGACUAUCGGCAGACAUGUGUACGAUACGCAAAUACGAGAUGCAAAUGACUUGAGAGCGAAGUAAACAGUGACUGUCACGUGAUGUAAGUGGCGAUCGUGGCAUUAGAUUUGUUUUUUGUGGGGUCUCGUUCAGUUUAAGCACUUAGAAUUCUUCCAAGAAGCAUUACUCAACCAUUGCACAUCAAUUUCGAUGAAAUUUCUUUCGGUGGAAGCAGCUACGAUAUGAAGAAUGAUAUCGCCGAUUUGAUCGGCAAUUACAGGAAGAUUAGAAGUAUCUUUCGUAUGCAUUAACGUCACGUUAAUUUCAGAAGAUCGUAAUUUCCUGCGGCGCGAUCAUCAUCAGCAUCAUGUGGGACGAGAGCCUAAACACCAUUGUCCUACCUACGUUGUCUACCAUGAUCUUCUUCGUGUUCACGUUCAAUUUCCUUCGCUACCUUAUGGGCAAUUCCCAUAUUCAGAUUAGAGAUGUCACAAAGGAACAUAACUGGAAAACAAUCACUGGGACCACCAAGGCGUAUUACUGUAGCAUUUGCGAGUCUCUGUUGUUGAAUCUCGAUGGUUUUUUCUGUGAUUCGUGUGGCGUGUGUGCCGACCGAGGCUGCAUAAAGCUUGCUGACAAAACGCUCAAAUGCAAGGCUAUAACUCUCAGCAGCGAUCAGCUGAUGAAGCACCAUUGGAUCAAAGGUAAUCUGCCACUCGUUGCGACAUGCUAUGUUUGCGAAGAAGACUGCGACGUUGAACCUGGCCUUGCAGACUGGUGGUGUUGCUGGUGCCAGAGAUGUGUUCACGAAGCAUGCAAGCCUGCACUCUCCGAAAUAUGCGACUUUGGAAAGUUCAAGUUGAUGAUUAUCCCGCCAGGCAGUCUAGAAGUGAUAAAUCGUCGCAGCACAGUGAGGCGCAGAUUGCACCUUCGUUCUAUUAUACCACCAAACUGGUCGAAUUGGAAUCCGAUCAUCGUUGUUGGUAACGGAAAGUCCGGGAAUAAUGACGGCGGGCAGAUAUUAUCUCUGUUCAGGAAGGUACUGAAUCCCGCGCAAAUCGUGGACCUGGCAGAACGUGAUCCAGUGACUGCCUUAGAAUGGUGUCGCCUGCUAGAAAAGACUCCGUCCACCAUACUUGUCGCUGGCGGCGACGGCACCAUCGCCUGGUUGUUGAACACCAUCAACAAACUCGAGCUGGAGCCGGUCCCGUCUGUAGCAAUAAUUCCUUUGGGGACAGGCAACGAUCUGUCCAGGGUGUUAGGAUGGGGAAAGCAGCACGACGCGCAUCUCGAUCCCCUGGAGGUUCUGUGGAAGGUGCAGGCGGCGGAGAGAAUAAAACUUGACAGGUGGUCCGUGACGAUAAAGCCGUACGGCCUGGGAUUCAGGGGCUCGAAUCGCAACCUGUUCAUGUACAACUACAUAAGCGUGGGUGUGGACGCACGAGUAACGCUGAACUUUCAUCGCAUAAGGGAAAGUCCGUUUUAUUUGUUCAGUCAUAGGAUAUUCAACAAGCUGUUGUACUUGGGUUACGGCACGCAACAAGUUGUGGAACGAGAAUGCAAGGAUCUCGACAAAAGUCUAGAAGUCUAUCUAGACGGCAAGAAAGCGGAAUUACCUUCGAUCGAGAGCGUAGUGAUACUUAACAUUCCGUCUUGGGCCGCUGGCGUUGAUCUAUGGAAAAUGGGAAUGGAAGAUGAUCCAAUAUCGGUACAAAGUAUCAACGACGGUAAGCUGGAGGUAGUGGCUCUUUACUGUUCAUUCCACAUGGCUGAGUUGCAACUAGGCCUGUCGAAGCCGUAUCGGAUCGGUCAAGCGAAUACCGUAAAAAUAAAAUUAUUGCGAUCAUGUGCUAUGCAAGUAGACGGCGAGCCUUGGUAUCAGCAACCGUGCGAGUUUAACAUAACGUAUUGCAAUCAGGCAACCAUGUUGAUGAGUAAGCUCGAAGUUGAAGCUUGAAUACGCAAUGUGGCGAUCCUGCAUACCUUUGCACAAACGCAUUUAUUGGUACUUAUUGUCGUUUAAAUAGUUAAAUGAACGUAUCUGCCUAAAUUUUACAAGUCAACACGUUAGCUCGAUUGAAAUAUUACGGGGUAUUACAGUCUAGUCAAUGUUAUAUGCCAAGAGAGUACGCUAUAUAUGUUAUAUUAAUAACUAUUUGGUAAUGCUAUUAUUGACGUUAUAUUUAUAAUAAAAAUGUAUAAGCAAUGAGAUAAUAAAGAUAUUUUCGCCGUA